AUCACAUCGGUGAGGCGAAGUCAAAUCGGAGGGACAAGAACACUUUUUGGCGGAAUAGAAGCUUUUGUUUCUGUUCUUUAUCUUCUCAUACUCCUUUUGUUAGGGUUUAAGGAUUUAUGUGUACUGUGAGACGUUAAUCUGCAAACGUUCAAUCGCCAAUUUGAACUUCUGUCUCCAAUCAUCUUCUUCCCAUGCAAUCGUCGUUCUGCAUCACUUCUGAUGCCUCUCGAUUCCAAUUUUAUAGGAAAACGCUUCAACCUCAGUGGAUAAUCGACAACCCUACAGUCCAGCAACGGGAACUCAAUCGAAGAAUAUCAAUUUCUUCAAAUUCCUUGAAGACUUCGUAUGGGUAUGACUUUGACAGAGGAGAGGGACCUGCAACGGUCGAACGCCUUCCUGUAGUAAUCCGCAAGUCUGGUCGGAGUUCUCGUUAUUCUUGGGAUGGAACCCAUUUACAAUUGGUAUCUUUCGGUGCUGAUACUUUGGACUGUUUCACAUUCGAUGAUUGGUUUCGAAAAAUUUUACACUUCUGUGGUUCAGGAGUACGGAACUUCCUCAUUCCUCGGCAAGUUCAUGAAAAUUACAUGGAUUACGUGAAGUGGAAGUUCUUGCAUCGAGUCUUCAGUUCUGCUCUCCAGGUUCUGGCUACUCAGGCAAUGUUUCGAGCUAUAGGUAUUGGAUACUCCCGUUCCCUUCCAUCAGCUGCUGCACUGAACUGGCUGUUGAAGGAUGGUCUUGGACGGCUUAGUCGAUGCAUUUACACGGCUAGCAUGGCAUCUGCAUUUGAUACAAAUUUGAAGAGGGUUAGGUUAUCAACAUCCAUUUUGUUCAGCUUGAGUAUUGGCAUUGAAUUGCUGACUCCAGUGUUCCCGCGGUACUUCCUACUUCUUGCUACUGUGGCCAACAUUGCUAAACAAAUUAGUCUGGCUUGCUUCCUAUCAACUGGUUCUACAGUACACCGAAGCUUUGCAAUAGCAGAUAAUCUUAGUGAAGUUUCUGCGAAAGCACUGAUUCAAACAGUUUGCUUUGAUAAUGUCGGAUUACUGCUUGCUGCACUCUUGAAUGCAUUAUGCAAGAAUGACCAAAGAUUGCAAGCUGGUCUGCCUUUUGUUGUGUACCCAAUUUUCUCUGCCAUUGACCUUUUUGGGAUCUACCAAGGACUCAAGCACGUCCAUCUACAAACACUAACAAAGGAUAGGCUCGAGAUUAUUCUGGAUACAUGGAUUCAGCUGGGAUUUGUUCCUUCACCACCAGAGGUUAGUAAGGAGGAAGGCAUGAAUUUUCUGUGGAGCAAAGGCAGAGGGCAAUGGCCAAUCAGGAUAGGAUGUGUCGAUCCGAAGGACCCAAUACCAAAGAUUUCAAUGCUGACAAUGCGAUCUUUGAGCGGUGAAGAUUUCUACUUCAUCUGCAUGGAGACCUGCAGAGGUUUGAGAAAAAGGAAUGGACAACAGGGCAUUCUUCUUUGUCUACGUGAAGGAGCAGGCACAACAGAUAUUAUUAUGGGUUUUUUGCAGGCAUGCCAUAUCCGGAAGGCACUGCUACAGUGCAGUAACAGGUGGGAGCACAUUCUUGAAGCUCGUUACAUGUCAGAAUCUGUUAUCAAGGAGUGGUUUAAUGUGGUUGAAGACAGUAAGCGAUGUUCAGAGGUUGAUGUUAACUUAUUGAAGGAAGAAAUUCAAAAAUCUGGUUGGGCCGCUCAAAAUAUUUUAUUAAGUGGACAAGAGCAAAUUCGUUAUACUUUGUUAGACAGCUGAGUGGAUAUUGAGAUUCAAGUCUUGUGAGCUCUUCUCUGUCGGCCCCAAGAAAUUUUGACAAUGAUUUGAAACACUCUGGUGACCAUCUGUAAAUUAUGUAAAAUCAUCUCUAGCUGUUUAGGAAACAUAAAGAAAAGAAAAACACAAAGCUUUCAUUUAGUUGGGCCCUUUGUGAUAUACAAUCAUGAAAAGGAAAUGAUUGUGCUGAAAGGGACUUUCCAAUGACUAGACUAUAUGUUUGGUUGGUUAUCUGGAAAGAACCAUAACAGGUGCCAUCAAUCUAAUAAGCAAUUGGAUCGAAUGUCUGGGAGCAUCUAUGCCAAUACAUUGGAGAAGGUACAUGUGAGAUUGUGACAGUUGACAACUCUUACACCACCCUUAGAUUUUUUUUGUUUUUUUUUUCCCCCAAAUUUUUAUCCUUUAAGAUGGGUAAGAAAAUGAACAAUAACUUUGAUAAAGCGUUGUGUUAGUUUAUAUGCUACAUGUCAGUGAUUAUUGGUAUUAGAACUUGUGGACUUGUUACAUUUGC